CUCCUCUCGCUGGCUCUCUCCCUCUCUCUCUGGGCAUGGAGUGCGCUGUAAAUGAGCUUUCUUAUCGAUCGACGUGCACAUUCAUGCCACCACCACUUCCAAAAUGCUUUACGCUUCAAUUCUCCACUUGUUUAGUAUUUGAGAUUUUUUUAUUUAAAGUGGAAAGUUGCUUGAACCUAUGCAUAAAGAUCAGUCAAUUCUCCUUGCUUCACCGAGGAGAUUCAACUUCAUGUAGAACUGAGAGCAUUAUAUGCAUAUUUUGCGGACAGGACUGUGAAAGUGCACCCAUUGUGUUGAUCUCUCAUCAGGUAGAACUGAGAGCAUUAUAUGCAUAUUUUGCGGACAGGACUGUGAAAGAAAUUCCACACAUUAAGUAUGAAAAACUAUUGAGGUUUACAGAAAAUUUGAAGAAGUUUGUAAGGAGUAUUCUGUUCUAUGGGAAUGCAAAUUCUGAACUUCAUGAAACUGCAUAA